AUGGAACUGCAUGCAAAGACAACAGGGGGCUCCCUGAUGGAAUACAUCCGAGCCCCCAGAGCGAGGUACACAAUAGUCGGAGAAGCUAUACGUUAUGUCAUUCCUGGACAUAUGCAAUGCUCUAUCGGCUGUGGAGGUCAAGCCUGCAAGUAUGACAAUCCAAGUUAUUGGAGUGAUGACCAACAGGCCAUACAAGGCCUCUACUCAUCCUGGAUUACUGAUCAUCUUCUCGCUAUGUCCAGACCUUCAACAGAAAUCAUUGAGAAGUAUAACAUCAUUGAUCAAUUUAGAAGGAGUGGUAUUAAAACAGUCAUCAACCUACAGUUACCUGGUGAACAUGCCAGCUGUGGAAAUCCUCUAGAGCCAGAGAGUGGCUUUUCUUACCGCCCAGAGGUCUUUAUGGAAAACAAUAUUUAUUUUUAUAAUUUUGGCUGGACUGACUAUGGAGUGGCCAACCUCACCACUGUGCUGGAUAUGGUGAAGGUCAUGGCCUUUGCACUGCAAGAGGGGAAGAUAGCAGUCCACUGUCAUGCUGGUCUCGGCAGAACAGGUGUGCUGUUAGCAUGUUUCUUGGCCUAUGCUACCAGAAUGACUGCUAACCAGGCGAUUUUAUAUGUUCGUGCCAAACGACCCAACUCCAUCCAGACCCGAGGUCAGCUCCAUUGUGUCAGGGAGUUUGUCCAGUUUCUUGUUCCUCUAAGGAGUGUGUUUUCCUGCGCUGAUCCCCGAUCCAACCCAGUCACCCUGCAGCAGUACCUGAACCGCCAGAGACGCAUUCUGCAUGGCCAUGAGAGAAAGGAGCUGAAGCACCUACCAAAGAUCGUCCAGCUAGUGUCUAGGCUGCUGUUAGACAUAGCACAGAAUCGACAAGUGAUUGAGGAAGAUAUUCUGGAGGCCCCUGAUAUUCAGGACAUAGAAAUGACUCUCAGCAUAGUUGAGAAGAUGGGCCACAAGUUGCUUGGGAAGGAGCCCCGCUUACCCGGUACACCCACCUUACCCAGACAUUUCAAUGAACCACCCAUCUUUUAUCAUCGCAAAAGUCUGAGCUACAGUGAGUCUGACUUGAGACGGUUGGGCUCACAGCUAAACCUCCUCACACAGCCUCUGAACUCGCUGUCACAGAGUAAUAUUCAAAUGUCCAUUUCCCAUUCCGACACUAGAUCCCAGUGUCAAGGUUGGAGUAGCAACACGUCUGAUGUCUCUCACGGCUCAGCGGGCUCUCUCUGGCAAGUCAAGAAUGUGGAAAACCCAAAAGAUGUAUCCAUUCUGCUGAAGAAAGUGAAGAGGAAAACAAUCCAGCGUAGCGAGUCAGUGGGAAACACUGUAUCUGUCAAAAAGGGUAGCAUGUUGUCCAGGUGGAAAGCAGAGCAGAGGGAAGAGCUGGCAAUGAACGGGAUGAAAUCUGAGGUUAGAGAAGAGGAGCAGUCAGAGGUGCCCUUCAUCACCUUGCAGUCAGAGCUGUCUCUGGAUGCCAGGAGGUUGCUAGUGGCACAGGCCCUGGCAGUGGACCUGUUUCUUGAUGGGGAGGAAGAGCACAAGAGUAAAGUUUUAGCCUGGCAGGCAGAGCUGAACCAAGGUGGUGCAUGGGAAAGGCUGUGCAUGGAGCGGGAUCCCUUUAUCCUCACUGGACUUAUGUGGGCGUGGCUGGAGCAACUUAAAGAGCCAGUCAUCUCCAUCCAGGAUGCCAAAGCCCUGAAUUCUGACAAUGCUGAUGCUCAGACGAUCCUCAACACACUCGACCAGGCCCCUAAAGAAACAAUAACAUGCAUACUAGAUUGCAUGGCUCAUAUGCUGAAUAUACCAGAUGAGGUUGAAAAUGCAUUCCUGAAUCGCAUAAUUAAGGCUUUCACAUGGCUGGAUAAUAAUUCAGAGGAUGGGAGAAACGUGUACGAGUCCAUGACAACAGUCCUAAGGUGUGUUAUAGAGGACAUGAGAUGUACGACAACUGAAGAAGAUGAGACAGCUAUGGCUUCCUUCCCAUUAACAUAACUGCUGCCAGUCGUGUAUACGUGGUGCACUGUCUGCGCGGGGGAAAAAAAGAUGCUUUUGUGCCUUGUAUUAAAAGUGAUUUAAUAUGUAAAAACA